GUGAUUUUGGAAAUAACUUUCUAGUCGUCUCCCCAACCAUGAAAACCAGAUAAAGAAAUCAAAAGGGAAAGGAGGAAAGUUGUUGGAAAGAAGAUCACGAACUUAUCUUCCACUGCAGGAUUGGGUAAAGAAAUUCUUUCGAAGUCAAUUUCGUGCCUUCCGUUUAUGGGAAAAUCGGUUCCAUCUUCGGCAAGGCUACAAGAUUUUGCCAGGGUUAUAACAUCCGAUCGGAUCCAACAACAAUCGAAACGAGGCCCUAAACCCGUUUUCAACCGGACCCGAGUUGUGCCUCCGCCGGAACCUGCCAAAUCGAAGGGGAUUCGGAUUGUUCAAUCAGAGAAGCAACAACAGAGAGUAAAGAUAAUGGAAGAAAAUUCAUCCAUGGACCGCCGGAUUCCGCUGGCGGAGGUAGUGUUGGAGUGCUCGAGACGGUGGUUCCAGGAAACCCUUAGGGAUGCAAAAACCGGUGACACCAGCAUGCAGGUGUUGGUGGGUCAGAUGUAUUGCAGCGGUUACGGUGUGGUGAAAGAUGCACAGAAGGGACAAGCUUGGAUUAAUAAGGCUUCCAGGAGUCGAAGCUCGGUAUGGAGAGUUGGUGAUAAACGCCCAGGUUAUGAUGCUAGUGACUCAGAUACAGAUGAAGUGAAGGCUGGGGAAACACAACACUAAAUGUUCUGUGUUAAUCUUCAAAUGCAUCAUCAGCGGGUGGGUCAACACAGUGGUCAAACUCGUCAACAGGUCUUCUGUCCAACCUCAAUCUCAUCCUCUUUUUUCUAUUUCUUAGCCUUUUAACCUACAGGUUCUUUGUAUCACUACCAGAUUGCUUCCAGACUCGAGUAUUUUGGGAUUCUCUUUGUGUGAAAUUUGCAAGCUUUGUAAGUCAGUCAGGUAUUACGAUGGUCGAAAGAAGUUGCUCGUAUAUCAUUCGUUACAAUUUUAACCCCGAGGCUCUACUUUCUGAUUGGC